AUGAAACUUUUAGCUCAAAGUGUUGUCCAAAGUAACCAAAAGUUUGAUGACUCUGUCCAAAUGAGUCAGCACAACCAACAGAAUAAUGCCCAAGCUAUUAGCAACUUAGAAACUCAAAUAAGUCAACUUUCAAACAGGUUAAAUGAUAAGGAGGAUGAGACAUUUCCAAGCCAAACGACUCCAAAUCCGAAAGGAGUCAACCAGGGUAAUAGGUCAGGUAGUUCUAACCACAACGAACAUGUCAGAGCAGUUAUCACCCUUAGGAGUGGUAAAACAUUAGAGAACUCGGCAGAACCACCUAAGGAUAGUAGUCCAGCUGCAAAAGAGACUGAGGUUGACCAAACUUUUCCUAAAGACCCUAUUUAUCCUGAGAGUGCUAAGAGUCCAAGUGAGGAAGCUACCCCUGAGCGAGUGUACAUACCACCUGCACCAUUUCCUCAGAGACUCGCUAAGAAAAAGCCAAGUACAUAUGCUGAAAUCCUAGACAUCUUUAAGCAAGUUAAGAUCAAACUGCCAUUGUUAGAUGCAAUAAAACAUGUACCGACUAUUGUCAAGUUCCUAAAAGAGAUGUGUACUAUCAAGAGAGACGCUAGUGUCCAUAAGAAGGCCUUCUUGACCCAACAAGUUAGUUCCAUAAUCUCACAAAAGUACCCAAUAAAAUUUAAAUAUCCUGGUUGUCCUACUGUCACAUGUGUCAUAGGUAAACAAACGAUAGACAAUGCUCUAUUAGAUCUUGGGUCUAGUGUGAACCUUUUACCUUUCUCGGUAUAUGAACAACUUGGACUAGGGGAGAUGAAACCAACUAGGAUAACACUACAGUUAGCCGGUAGGUCAGUCAAAAUCCCACGUGAAAUUAUUGAAGAUGUUUUGGUUCAGGAAAGCAGACUAGUUAGUGUUUUCCGAGAGCACAAGAAUGCAAUAGGGUGGACCAUAACAGACUUGAAAGGAAUUAGUCCUGCAGAUUGUAUGCACCACAUCUACCUAGAAGAAGGUGCCAAAACCUCAAGAGAAAUGCAGAGACGUUUAAAUCCUAAUAUGAAGGAAGUUGUCCGCACUGAGGUUCUCAAGUUAUUAUAUGCAGGUAUCAUAUACCCCAUAUAUGAUAGUAAAUGGGUCAUCCCUGUCCAGGUUGUCCCAAAGAAGUCCGGGAUUACGGUAGUUGCGAAUGAGAAUGAUGAAUUGAUACCUACACGUGUUACCACCGGGUGGAGAGUAUGUACAGACUACCGUAAGAUGAACUCAGCCUCUAGGAAAGACCACUUUACUCUACCAUUCAUCGACCAAAUGUUAGAAAGAUUAGCUGGCCACAGCCAUUAUUGUUUCCUAGAUGGAUACUCUGGUUAUAACCAAAUCCCUAUAGCACCGGAGGACCAAGAGAAAACAACCUUCACAUGUCCAUUUGAUACUUUUGCUUACAGGCAUAUGCCUUUUGGGUUGUGCAAUGCACCCGCAACAUUCCAACGUUGCAUGCUAAGUAUCUUUUCGGACAUGGUUGACUGA